AUGAAGGCUCAGACCACACUUCCACCAUUUGUAACCCUGACUGCCACCAAUGCGUCCCGUUCGGACACUAAUGAAGAGAAAACAUGUCCCGAUGAGGCCCUGCAGGUGUGCUCCCCUGGGACUGUGAAGAACAGCUCUAGAGCCACCUGGAAUCAUGAGCCCAACAGCACCGUGCUGUCUGAGGAUGCUCUCAAACCAGGAGUGAUUCAGAAGGUGUUGUGGAGUUCAGUUUUCCCCACUAAUGAACUGCUGGCUCCGAAGGGAAGGUGUGGACUUGGACUUCCAGUCUUGGAAGUAGCAGUGCGACUGAGUGGAGCAUGCCACUUUGAACUGUUGCUUUCUGUUGCAGUGUCUGUGAGACGCAGUCAAGACUUCCUGGGGUUUCUGCUGCAAGCACACACAGUGACUGCUGACCAGACAGUUGACUUUGUCUCCACUUCUCCCCAUUGUAAACUGAUGACUUGUUUUGAAGAGGCAGAGUCUGACAAGACCCGGAAGAGGAAGCUCUUUUUCUUGAGGAAAGCUCCUGCCCAACCUGUGGGGGACAUUAGAUUUCUCCUGUCAAUCAUCAAAUCGUGUUUUGUUUACUGGGCCAGGGUUGAAUUAUCUGUUGUGUCUCAACCGACACAUAGUGGAGGCCACUCUGCCAAUGUCCACCACACGCAGCCCAGAUCACCAGCACUAGCUCCUUGGAGAGGGCAGAUGCUGCUGAAGGAACUGUACUGGGUACUGCUUGCCAGUUGCUCACAAGCCUGGCUGUCAUCAUCAGCGAGUGCCAUAGUCCAUUCAGGCUCGAAGCACAAUGCCUCGUUUUUGGAUAAUAAGAACAACAGAAGUGUAUUUCUCACAGUUCUAGAGGCUGAGAGGUCCAAGAUCACGUCCAUGUCUGGAGCUGAAGAUGACUCUGCUUAUGAUGACAAUGUUCCCAGGGGGGAACAGAGAGUCUGUCCCAGUCACCUUCACACAAGUGGCCAGCAACCCACAAGACAGAGCAACCCAACCCUACAACCAUCCCUGGAUGUCCACAGUUUUGAGAGGCUUGUGAGCCUCAGAGAUGGCACCCUAUGCAGCUUUGUUUACAUCCCAAGCACUCACCAUAGGGAAAAGCUGAUGGAGUGGACCACUGAGUUGGACAGGGCUAACCACUUGGGUGUUGAGGAGUCUGAUAAAAAAAAAGGUGGUGGCCAAAUUUAUCCGACUCAGGGUGAUCUAAGCUUUGAUUCUUUGGAAACUUGCCUGCACUUGGAUAAGGAUGAACAGGGCAGCCAAUCCAACUCCUGGCUUCCAUCCCCCUGGCACAGCCAGGAGUCCCUCGGAUGCAUCAAGGCCCUCUGCUGGGAAUACAGAGUGGAGGAGGGUGUUAUGGGAUACCUUAGCAAGACCAACCUAAGGCCUGGAAUGAGGCUCCAGGGAACCAGUGCCCACUUGGAGACCCAGCUCAGGACUCCUCAGCUACUAAUUCUGAUUUGCCUGUCAACUACCGUGGGCGUGUCCCUGGCUGCUGCUAGUGAACCUACUGCAGAUGCUAUUGCCAGGAAUGAUGAAGGGGAGUACAUGUCAAAAAGACAGGUGAAUGCCUACAUCUUGGUUCAAGUGGAGUCUAGCUGAAUUUCUUUCUGCAAGUGACAAGAAAACUGUCCUCUGAAGAGACCCUUGGGCUGGGCCCCUCAGUGGCUCCACAAAGUGUGUUAGUCACAAUCGAGCUAAUAAGAAUUCCUGAUGAGGCCAGGGAUGCCCUGCACCUCCUGUCAGUGUGCAGUUGGUGCAGGAAGCAGCAAAAGGGCAGUUUAUCAACAGAGGGGGUUCUUCUUCAGCUUUGUUGUCUUAAUGCCUGUAAUUUUGUUCUUUUUUUUCCUUCUUGCAAUUAGAUGUUCUGUUUGAAGAGUUUAACUCAACACAAUGAAUAUUGUAUAACCUGCUCAUUAACUAGACUCCUGUGGCCAGGGAGCUUCCUCUGUUGCCUUAAGGAACCUGCAGAAAUAGACGCUCUGUUCUCCGUGGUGUCUGAGACUCAUCUCUAGCCCUUUGAAAGAGUUGUGUUGGGGCUUAGCUCUUGCAAGAAAGAAAGAGCCAUAUACCCCUUGCUGUGCCCCUCUGAACCACCCAGAAAGGAGUGUUCCUUUCAAAGCCAGAGUUCCAGAACUAGUUGGAGGCCUAACUGAGUGGGGUGGGUGUAGGUGAGGGCAGUCUGUCUGCCUGAAGCACAGGAGCCUGCGGGAGCAGCCCAGAGCAAGCACAGCUUUAGAGGGCGUGAUGGAGUGCACUUGGGGAUGUGUCCAUGCAUCGCAAGGCCAUGAGUCCAAAUGGAACAAGAUGUCUUUCCAUCAGGUGCAAUGGAUCUGGGACGUCCCAACCUCUACACUUGAUGAAGGACUUGUGUUUCCCAGCAGCUUGAAGCCAUGCUGCCCUUUGCCAAAGGUGAAGUUAAACAUGACCUGCCAGCUUGAAGAACAGCUGUUCCCUGGUUUAUCGGAGAGUGUCAGGAAGAAAACGUCAUGGGUGAAGACUAUUUGUUCUCCUAACUUUAUGACAUUUCAUUUGGUUUAGCAAGGGCUGUGCAGGUCUGGCAUGAUAGCAAACAAACAGCUGCAAGACCACAUACCCUGGUACCGGUGUGUGAGAAUGCAUUGGGAUUAGCUGCCCUGCCAGAGAUAAACCCAUUGCACAGUGACCAUCUGUGUUAAUAUGGAGACACAAACCACACCAGCAGGCAGGAUAUUUAUGGGGAUAGAAACCUGGUGGUGUUGCCCUUGGUGCUCCUAUAACCCGGAGAGGAAAGGCUCAGGGGUUCUAAGAAUACUCACUCACUGUGCCCGCUCACCUGCAAAGACACUGUGUAAACUGGAUGUGAGAAAGGUAUUGCUUCUGCUUUUUCCCUGCUGAUUUUAGCUCGUUGGUUAUUAACUAAGAGACCCUGCCCUCCUGCAUCUUGGGUGAGACAAUGCUUGGAUCAUUAGGUACAUGAAAACCUAGUCAACUUGUAUGUUCACAAACAAAUGUGUUCCAAGAACAUUGUGGAAAGAAACAAACAUACUGUAUUCCAGGGACAGUCACAAAUGUUCCCCCCACACAUCUAACAAAAAGAGCCUUCUUAUAUUUUUCUUCACAAAAAAUGAAGAUAAAGAUCCCACUGGUGGUGUUUGCUCACCUUGAUACACCAGGUGUAUACCAUGCAUGAAAACCUGUGAGAUCUCUCUGUACAAGAGGGAGUCUCUCUCUCUCU